AUGCCAAGAGAGCAAAAGUUCUGGGACGAAUCAGAGAGUUCAGACUCAGACUUUCAAAUCGCCAGCUCGGAAACUGAAUCGGCCACGAGCAGUGCUUCAGAGGCUUCCGAGAGCGACACUGCCGAAAGCACAGACUACGAUGACUCCGAAGCUUCAGAGUCAAACGAAGCUUCUGGCAGUGAAGAAGCAGAAGAAGAUUCUGAGCCCGCGCGAUCGUGCACAAAUCCCAGCUGCGUCGCCGAGAUUGAAAAACUGCAGGAGGAAGUUGACGGAUAUUUUGGUCAUUUCCGAAAGUAUGCGUACCUCAUGCAAUUGAAAGAGUAUAUCAAGGAACUCACUGAGCAGAACAAAAGGCUUCAUACCCUGUGCACGAGUGAUCUGAUGGCGCAAAAGCGGGAGGAAGCGCUCGAUGAGCUCCAGUCGAUGUUAGAGAACUCUGAGAAACGACGAGCCGAGGAAAGAAAGGCGGCCAUGAAAGAAAUCAGCAGCCUUGAGAAGAAAAUAAAGGAAAAGCGUGCACAGGUUGAGAGCUUGCCACCAAAACCAGCUCCCGGGAAUGCCUCGCCUAUCGUCAUCUCUAGCGACGAAGAUACUCCUACGGAGCAGGAAUCGGAGGAGGAUUAUGAUACAGAUGAAGACUAUCAUAAUGAUCCUUAUUCUAACUACCAGCGCACUUUGUCGGAGAAAGUAAAACAAGAAAACUGA